AUGCCACGUGAAUGGGUUAAUAAUCCUUUUGCUCAUGAGAAAAUUACCAAAGAUAGAGAAAGAUUGAUGAAUCACAUAAAAAUUAUUUCUGAAAAGAAAUUCUAUCCAAAGAAUUUUCUCUUUUUUGGUGAUUCGGGUUCUGGGAAAACCACUAUUGGGGAAAAUUUGGCCGAAUUAUUAGCUAAGGAGAAAAGAUAUUGUACAAAAGCAGUUGAUUCAAAUUAUAUUGAUGAGUAUGAGAAUGAAGAAGUACUAAUUAAGCAUGAAUUGACACAUGAUACGUGGAAAUUUGAGGAUUUAUUGAAUCUUUGUGAAAAAGAUCCCUGUCUGAUCAAACAACGAAAUAAAAAACCAAUCAAAGUGGUUACCAAAUAUAAUAUAUUCACAUCACAAGAUCCUUUUGAUGAUAUUUUUAGUUUUAGAAAACGUGUAUUCGAUGAUAGGAAUAUUAGAAGUCCUCAAAAAAGAAUUGGUUUAUAUAGAAAAUUUUUAAAAUACGAAGAUUAUACGCAUGAUUACAUGAUUCAAUUAUUAGGUCGAUACCAAUCAGUAAAAGUUGACUAUCAUAUUUUUUGGCUUGAACCUGAUAAACCAGGCGAUCUUUUAGAUUUUAUCAAUGGAAGAUUUAAUAUGAAAUUUGUAGAAGGUUUAGAUUUAGAAAAGGCAAAAACAUAUAUUUAUGAUGAUGAUUUUGAGAAUUUAUAUGAGAAUGAUGGUAUUGUUUACUUGAAACGCGAAAUUGAUAUGAAUAUUGUAUUGGGUGGUGUGAUUGGCGAUGUUGAUUUAGACAAUCAAAAUUUUAGUGUAUACAAUAGAUAUUGGCAAUCGGAAUUACCCGAUUCUAUAGUAAUUCCGAAAAAUCUAGAUUCGUUAAACCAAAAAUUACGUGAAAAAAUCAUUCAACAAUUUGAUUUAGAAGUGGAAAUUUCUAAAAAAAGAACUACAGAAGAUUCACAGAUAGAAUCUUCUACUAAAAAGAUUCGAAUAGAAAUUAAUUAG